AUGCCACAACGCUCUCGGGCAUUGCUCAUUGGCGGCGGAGGCGUGGGAACAUUGACCGGAUUUAAUCUCGAGUCUGGUGGACACGUCGCCGUCACCUUCGUCCUACGCUCAAACUACGAUAUUGUGCGAGAAAAAGGCUUCACAGUCACCUCGUGCGAUCAUGGACAACACGAUGCUUGGCGCCCUCUGGGCGGCAUCCUCCGAGAAGUGCCAAAGGUCGAGGCAGGUCCUGUGUUUGACUGGGUCAUCUGUUGUACAAAGAAUAUCCCAGAUGUCGGGCAGAGGCUUGAGACCAUGAUCCGACAUGCCGUCACGCCCGGCGUCACCACAGUCGUUCUAGUUCAGAAUGGCCUGGGGAUUGAGAAGCCGUUUCUUGAAGCGUUCCCCGAUAACGUCUGUCUUUCUGGAGUCAGCUUCUGCGGCGUCCAAGAGACAAGUCCUGGCCACAUUAUUCACAAUGAGCCAGACGUCUCGACCAUCAGUGCCUUUAUCAAUCCAUCCAUGGACUCGGAGAAGCAGCACCAGAAGGCUCGGGAGUUUGUGCGUCUCUAUGAGGCAUCUGGGAAUGUCAGGACGUCUUUUCACCCCGACGCCCAGGCAGUUCGGUGGCGAAAGCUUCUUACCAACGCAGUCUUCAACCCAAUUUGCGCCCUGACCAGCCUCGAUACCGGACGGUUGAGAUUGACUGCCAUGCUCGACGGGCCCAGCAUCGUUCAAGGGCUCAUCAUGCCUGCCAUGCGCGAGAUCCAGGUCGCUGCUCUCGCAGUGGCUAAUGCCAUGCUGACUGAAGAUGACAUAGAAUCGGCCAUCGAUGGCGACUCGGUCAGGUCCUUUGUUAUGCCAAGCAUGCAGCAAGAUGUCCAGAAAGGGAAUUACAUCGAGCACGAAGUUAUUCUCGGUGAAGCGUGCAGGGCCGCUCGGGAGCAUGGCGUGGGUAUGCCUGUAGUUAAUACUCUCUAUCACCUUUGCAGAGCAGUGCAGUUUAGAACAAGGGAAGAAAAGGGUUAUAUUAGUAUAGAUACAUAG